UUAUCAAUAUUUUAGUUUCUCGAUAGCACUCGUAUGGCCAACGUAAUCGCUUGGAACUGUAAUUUUUUGGAUCCCACUUCAUAUAAUUGGAAUGAUAAGGCAACCACAGAUGACCUAACAACAGACGGCUGUCGAACCAUCGAUCAUACCAGUGCGACGACGUGCAGCGAUGAAUUUAUGUUCAUAUCAAAAACGAAAAAAUCGUCUGCAUCAACUGUUAUUACUCCGGAUAGUUCGCAAAUUACUCAUAGAAAACUCAAGUCAACUGUCGACAACGACGACACCAGUUCAGAGAUAUGCUCGGAAGAAAUAGUUGGAGGCUCUAGAACUACAUCAACGGUGCCUGGACAUAACGUCAAAUCUACGCAGCAUCCUUCCAUCACAUUAUCCGAGCACAAUGAUAAUGAUUCUAUGACGACGAAAUGCUCUAUAGUGGAACAGAACAUACGGCCUUAUAAAUCGUCUGGAUAUGACGGUUCAAGCUCAAUGAUGGUUGCGAGGAAGACUGUAUGUUCAAACUGUUCAAAUGUUAUGACUUUAUACACGGAUUACAAAUACGUAAGAUGUCGCAUCUGCCAAUAACGAUUGAUGAAACCUAAACCAAAGUUAUUUAAAAGAUUUUUUUUUUUUAUAAAUAUUGUAAUAUUGUUCUCAAUAACCUAAUUAAGUGUUAUCCUGUUUAAUGUUCAUGUUCACAAUACAAAUUGUACACAAUUUAAAUAAUAAUUUGUCUAUAAAAGCUUAUGUUAUAUAAAUAUUCUUUAUAAUAUUAAUAACUGUUAUUAUUUGUCUAAUUUUCCAUGUU